AAUAUAUUAAUAGUGAAAUAUAUAUACAACAAACAUUAUCUAAGGAAAGGCUACUUGCAGAAAGGAGUCUACUAGGUGAAAAUGCAUAUAUUUGGGGACAUGUGCAUGCAAAAAGCUUUUAAUUGCAAAAACAGAGAAAUGAGCCUUACUUAGAAGAGCCAUUGUAAUUGACAUUCUGUGCUUUGGGGCAUGUGUGUAUGGCUGAAAUAACAGUGUCUACAUGUAUGUAUCUCUUUACAUUUCUGCAUGGGUAGAGAAGAUACCAGGGCUUUACCAUUGUCUCCCCUUAAUUUUUUUAAGAGUACUGGAUUUUGUAAAAUGUUGCCAGAAAAGUAUUUUGUUACUGAUUAAGAAUUUGAUUCCCCCUUCUUUUUUUAAAAAAUAGUGAUAAAGUAAUUCCCAUCAUAUAGGCCAUAGUGGAGGUGUGCCACAUGGCAAUCUAUUUAAAAACCUCUCAGCACCCACCAAAACCAAAUCGGUCUCCAGAAGGAACUGCAGUUUUAAAUUCACAAAUUUCUUUUACCCAUUUUCAAAGGCUUAUUCGUGGCGCUUUCCUAAAGUACAGGAACAAGAAAAGUUAAACCCACCCAACUUCCCUCUCUUCUGCCCCUGAGCGGCACCCAGACUGAAUCUGCCCCAUUCGGACCAGUUUAUACGAGGUCUGGAUUGAAGCCGCACUGCUGUAUUUCGUACCAAAGCAAAGCAAAUUUACAAAUCAAAUCUGGUACAAAAACAAAAGUUGAAUGGCACGGAGCACAAAUCACAUUAGUGUUUUCUUUUCUUUUUUUGGAAGCAAACUUCAAAGAUGCCUAGCACACAAAACUCUGAAGCCAGCUGUCGGAAAUUCGGCAGAUCCACUCCAUAAACUAUCAGAUCUCCAAAUUCUGCACACAUCCACGAACGAACGAACAAACAAAAACCCCUGCAGUCAUCUGGAUUUUCCAGUGCUUCAACUUCACAUAUUUACAAACAUUUCCCAAGGUACAAACUGAAUCAGAUGGAGCACAACUGCUCUGGAUUAAAUCAGGACCCCCUCUCCCAAUGCCUUGAACCGGCCCCUAGACUGAACUGGAGAUCCCCUGCACAGCUCUUGAUAUUCACAGCUGGCCUAUUAUGAAACUCCAGAGUUGCUCUCUCUCGCUCGCUCUUGCUCGCUCUCACUCUCCCCCACACACAUACAAAUACAUAUAUGCACACCCCUCCCACUCCACAAUCCAUCACACACCCUAGGCAAAGUCAGGUCCUGUCUCUUCCUCUCCCGCCUCCCUGACUCCAGCGUUAUCCAAGCGUUAAGGUUCUCGGGGUUGACCGUCGAUCUCUUAAAGGGUAAUUUGUCUGGGAACCAGCCAAUCCCAGAUCCUGCCCAUGGCCGGUCCAAUGAGAGCCAGGGGGACGCAACCCAGCAGCCUAUUAGAGGCCCAAUAUUCUAAUAAGCCUCAUCUUUUAUCCAAGGUAAGGUAGCUUCUCUUGAAGUUAAACUUGGUGGCUGGUCAGUCUUGGCUUCAGCACCCGGUGGACUCAUGGGGGUCUGCUAGCCAGGCGUCCGAUGGGCUUGAGCAACCGUUGCCUUGGCCAGCGGCUCUGCUCGGGUGGACCGUCUGCCUUGGCACUAGCCGAGGAGCUGGCCAUUGAAGGUGGCGAGCCGACUCCUCUGGGGUCUUCGCGGAAUGGCACGGCCGGAGCGCUGUGCACCCCUGGAAGCCUAAAAGCUGUCAGGCUGGCCAUCCAUCCUAAGUAGGCAUCUUCUGUGGCAUGCACCGGAGCUAUGGACUCCAACCUGCAAGGGACGUUUCUGCUCAGCAGCCCUUCCCUGCCGGCCUUCCCUGAGAUGAAAGCCCCCAUGUGCCAGUAUUCCGUGCAAAACUCCUUCUACAAGCUCAGCUCAACGGGGCUCAAUGCCCAGCUGGCAGCUGGCACCCCUCAUGGCAUCAGCGAUAUCCUCAACAGGCCGGUCGCUCCUCCAAACGGCAGCCUGCUCUCCGGCUACUCCCACGUCGGUGGCUUCAACGGAUUGGGCACCCAGAGCAUUUACUAUGGGUCCCAACUGGGCAGCUAUUCCAAGACUGGCAGUGAAUACGCAGCCAGGGGCAGGACCUGCUGGGCAGACACAGGACAGGAGUGGCUCGGAGGCCGGCCAUGCAGCAACCCCACAGGGCACGUGGUUGAUGGCCUUCACAAGAAGAAGCACACACGGCCAACCUUCACAGGCCACCAGAUUUUUGCACUGGAGAAAACCUUUGAGCAGACCAAAUACCUGGCUGGACCGGAGAGGGCACGGCUGGCAUAUUCCCUGGGCAUGAGUGAAUCUCAGGUCAAGGUGUGGUUCCAGAACCGACGCACCAAAUGGAGGAAGAAAAGUGCCCUGGAGCCGUGCGCCGCCUCUCCCCGAGCCGGGGCUGGACCAGGCGAGCGCUCCGUCUCCGAUGAGGAUGAUGAAUACAACAAGCCCCUGGACCCUGACUCGGAUGACGAGAAGAUCCGUCUCCUGUUGCGCAAACAUCGGGCGGCCUUCUCUGUUCUCGGCCUGGGUUCUCAUAGUGGCUGA